AUGGCACGUACUGUUACCAAUGCUGGUCGCACUCUACAGCCCCUUCCAGGGUCUCAUCCUGAUUUGCUCAGGCGUCUGAUGCGCCACCCACGCAUACCCAACAUUCCAGAUGAGCAACUAUUCGAAACGGAUAUAGACAACGUCACAGCGACGCAGAUUGAUGACAGUUCUGUUGCUCUCUUGACUCAGGACCACUUCGAUGACAUGUUCGACAAUGAUCUGGAGCGAUAUGAGGAGCCUGAUGCUUUUUCAGGCCCACAAGUGAUGACUGGGGACUUGCGACGUGUAUGGAAGGCCACCUGUGUGUAUGAACAGCUUGCCGAAAAUCACCCACGAAUUGUUCGCUUCCAACACCGCGACCCAUUCUUUGGGAUUCCUAUUCUGUAA